ACGUCACUUCCUCUCAAGUUCGGCUGAACGUUUGGGUUCGUGGUACCCACGCGGGUUCAGCAUGCGCAUCGAGAAGUGUUAUUUCUGUUCGGGGCCUAUCUACCCCGGCCACGGCAUGAUGUUCGUCCGCAACGACUGCAAGGUAUUCAGAUUCUGUAAAUCCAAGUGUCAUAAAAACUUUAAAAAGAAGCGCAACCCUAGAAAAGUUAGGUGGACAAAAGCAUUCCGGAAAGCAGCUGGCAAAGAGCUUACAGUGGAUAAUUCAUUUGAAUUUGAAAAACGUAGAAAUGAACCUGUCAAAUACCAGCGAGAGCUAUGGAAUAAAACUAUUGAUGCGAUGAAGAGAGUCGAAGAGAUCAAACAGAAGCGCCAAGCUAAAUUUAUAAUGAACCGGUUAAAGAAAAAUAAAGAAUUACAGAAAGUUCAGGACAUCAAAGAAGUCAAACAAAACAUCCAUCUUAUCCGAGCCCCUCUUGCAGGGAAAGGAAAGCAGCUGGAAGAAAAAAUGGUGCAGAAAUUACAACAGGAUGUGGACAUGGAAGAUGUUUCUUAAAAACCUUACUGAAACAGUUUUCAUAAGUGCAUUUGAAAACCUCCUUUGAAGACUGAGAAUUUCUAAAUUGAUUUAUGUCUUACAGUCAUUCAAAUGAAAGGUGAUUAAAAAGUACACCUACAUUGCUCUCUGGAAAAUAUCAGAUAUAAUGGAUGCUAUGCUGCAUCUCACCUUUAAACCUUCUCUGAUAAUAUUCUUACAUAAAUCAUGAAAAUUCUGUUUGAGAUUAUAGAAGUUAAUUUUGGACAUAAAAUGGCCAUGCCAAUUGUAUAACAAUACUAACAGCACUUGUGUAAUUAAUGGCAAAAAUUUCAUGGCUAGUGAUGAGCAAAAAUAAAAAUUUCUUGGCAGAAAAACAUUCCCUUUAUUAAUGUUACAGAAGGGAGGAUACAAUAAGGAACUAAAAAUCUGCAUGAUAAUUAGUUUCAGGUAAUAUCUUUAGAUUUUGAUAUUUAUUUGGUGUAUUAUUAAGAGAUGCUUAAGUAUGUUGGUGUUUUGACCUAGUUUAACUGUUCUGAUAAGCAGUUGUGAAUGUUUGGGAUGAGAGUUGAAUACUCUUUUCUUGUAAUGGCCCUAUACUCAUAAUUUCCACUUUAGAUAAUACUCAAUUCUAACUUGAGAUACCUUGUAGAAUGAGCUUAAUUUUUUCAGUUUAGCAGUACUUCAUAAGCAGAGGAGUCCAUUACUUCUAAAAGUAUGUUUGGUUUUCUUUUAAAUGAUACUUGAUUGUUUUUGGAAAAUCAGGCUUGUGGGUAGAGCAUCUAUACAUUAUUUGUAUAUAAAACUUUUCUAAAACACAGGCCUAUGUAUUAUUUAAAGGUACUAAGCAAGGGCCUGUUAUAUCAAUUACUUGGAAGAAAAAUAAACUUCCCCACACACUUAGUAACAAGGCAGGAGUUAUAUUUAAAGAACAUACAUUUCAUGUUUCAACAGACAGCCAUCAACUUUUCAUGUACUUAAUUAUUUGACUUUACAGUGGUGUCAAAGCUAUACAGUGAUUCAGUAGAAACUGUAUACUUUGAAGAUUGAAUUUUGAUCUUUUCCCGGGCUAGUGAUAUGCUGUACAGUGUUCUCUAUUGAUACUGGUCAGUGACAGUAAGAUGCAGGUUGAAGUUAGCCAUUCAGUAAGGUAGGUAAUUACACAACUGAUAAAUACAGUUCUCUGUGUUUCUAGUAUUGAAAGGAACCUAAUCCACUUCAGUCUGUAGGCUGAAAAUUACUGAAGUGUCAAGAGUGAUUAGCAACAGAUUAAUAUAUGUGCACAGAGGCGCCAAGAAUAUUAACCUACAUUUGGUCAUUCCAGUGAAAUUAUAUUAUCUCUAGAAAUGGGGCAGUAAAUUUAGGAGGGUAAACAGAAUGAAGAGUUUUGUAAUUAAAGAAAAGGAAUUACACAAGGCUCACCUAUAGAUGCAUCAAAAACGGGCUUUGCAAGCCCAGAUCUGGAUAAUAAAACUAUCAAGGCUGUUUUCCCAGACCACCAGAGAUUCCUGUUUUUUGGGAGAUCUAAGCAAAACAUCAUUCUUGGAUCUUUUCUUAAUUAGCAUAUCAUUUGGGCACAUCCUAGGGCAGCCUGUCUCUAGUCCUAACACCAGUAUUUUCCACCUAAUGAUAUUUCAACAUACGAUGCAUUUAUUAGGAUAUAAAUCUAUUAGAAGUCAAGGAAGAUCUAUAUAUAUACUUACAUUUAAUGCUUUUGCUUAUAUCAAGUAACUCAGUUUUCAUGUUUUUUUGAGUGGAAUUUGGAAUUACAGAUUCUUUAGACCAUAGGAAUUAAUGCCUAAUUUUUAAUUUCAGUAUUAGAUACUGAAAAAGCGAAUUGUUCAUUGAAUCAAGUAUUACAAGACCUGUAUCCAGUGUAUGCCUUUUCACUCUUACUUGUCAAGUUAAGACUCAGGUGAAACAUUGAUUUAUAAUUAGGGGAAAUGAUUUAUGCAAUCAAAGAUAUGUAAAAUUUAUUGACUUUUAUUACAAAUUGUAUUAUUGCUGAAUAUUUAAAUUUUAAACACAUUUUUAAAGAGAUAUUAUUAGAAAGUAAGUUUUCUGCUAUGCCUUUGCUUUGAGUGAUUAAUUUUGGGGAAAAUAGAGCCUUUUUGAAAUGAAGAGCUGACACUGAAGCUCAUGUUUAACUUCCCAGAAUUUCUCAUAAUUGUCAGGACUUCAUAUUAUUUUGAGACCCCAGAUCUCAUUAUAAAUUAUGAAUGUAAAUAUCAGUUUUAGCCCCCACAACUUUCUAAACUUAAUUGUAUCACCAAGUUGAGUUGUCUCUUAAAGUACUGAGGGCUUUGUACUAUGCAGAGAGUUAGCAUGAGCAUGGUACAGUGCUUUUAGGCUACUGUUUUUUAGUUUGCAUGGUUGAGACCUCUACUGGACAGUUAACAUAACACAAAAGUAUAAAAUUGUUCAAACACUAUCCAGAAUUCUUACAUUUGUAAAUUGUUUAAAGGUCAUCUGAGGUUUGAUUGUCACAUAUUUUUUAUAAACCCUGUAAAAGUACCCACAAAAAAUCCCCAUUUCUAACAAAAUAGGUAUCGUAGCAAAAUAUUAUAUAAAGGAGUUUGAGAAGGACCUACUUAUUUUACAAUAUAUCAUUUUAUAGAUAGGAAAAUUUUAGGUUUUUGGUAACUUACUCUUUGUCACACAGAAGAUGGAGGAUGUGGGGAUUUAUGUUCUUACAAGUUUGUCUACAAAAUUGCCCUGCAUUUACAUAUCAAUAGGAGAGACUUACUCAGAGCCACACAGAUCCUGUCUUCACAUGAUUGCAAGUUGACCCUCAACCUGUGACUUGAUUUCUUCAUCUGAAAAAUGGAGAUAAUAUGACCAACUCUGGAUUUUUUGUAAGUCAGUCAGUACAUGUAAAAUGGUCAUUUCAUGGCUACCACUUAGUAGGAUUGGUUGUGUGACCAAAUAAAACUCAGCAGUGGACUUUUGACUUGGGAAAAAAAAUGGAGGGUUUUAGGGUUUGGGGAAAGGUGUGGCUAAGUUGAGACAGUUUACUCAGUCCAUAAAGACAAAUAAAACAUUAAUUUUAGCCUUUAAAUCAGCAGGUAAAUUCACUUAUUAGGAAGAGUUUCUCAUUCCCCAAAUAUUAUUUGUGGUGAAGAUUGGGAGUUGAAGGUAUAUUUCUGGGUUGUCAGGUAAUCGUUUAGAAAAUGAAUUGUCUCAAAAUUUUAAGGGAUAAUUUACACGAUAUAAAGAAAGUUUAUUUUUCCCCUUAUUCUCUAGCUUACAUUAAAUAGAGAUUUGGAUAAAGAUACUUUGAUCAUUUAGGUUUAUGAUUUUAAUUGUAAUACCAAAUAAAGACUAUUAACUUGCAAAAGUUAACAUGGCAGCUUGUUGAAAGUUCGAAGGGGAAAAAUCAAUAUUAAAAUUAAUUCCAAAACCUAUAGAAAAAAAUUCCAAAGUCUACAUUUAUCAAGUGGGAAAAUAAAAGGUAACACAAAUUUUACUUUCCAUGUCUUUACACUGAAUGUAUCAGUCAGCCUCAUGUUUAUUUGAAUUAUAUCUGUUAAUGAACUUUUAAGGGUAAGUGUCCUUUUUUAAAAUGUAUUCUUAUGUUCUUGAUAUUUACCUUCUGUAUUAUGAUAUAAACCCCUGAUUUAAGGUCUACUUGAAUUCUCCCUAAUAUUUGAUUUAAAAAAUCUUGUGAAUCUUUAUUGAAACUCUUGAGAGGGGAUUGGAGGUGAUGUUUUUGCCAUGUGACCUUUGCCAUGGGGGAUAUAGUUACCUGACCUGAGAAUGUAGCCUGUCUUUUAAUUUCUUUGGAUCCCUAUGAUCCUGCUGAAAAAUUUCCUUUUACUAAAGUUUGUACCAAGAAAUCUUGACUGAUAGAUAUUUCCCUAACCUCAUUAGCAAAUUUGGGCAGCAUAUUUCUUUCAUAAUCUCUAAGAGUGCAGGGAUAGUUGGUCUUAUCCCAGUCAUGUGUUAGGUACCAGUGCAUGCAUGGCUGGUAAAUAUGCUAAGUGGAAAAUAUGUAGUCUUAUACUUGGCUUAAUUCCUGUUUAUUUAACUAAAAAAACGGUAACUAGAAAGAAAGUCAGUCAGUUACUACACAAAGAAGUAGAGAAAAAGAAGCAGUAAGAAAGGAAGCAGCCUGCCUUUGAUUUUUGACAUUAAUUAAAUCUGCACUGUUGGGAAGACUUGUUGAAGAGCAACAAGUCUUGGGUUGUAUACCUGAUUAUACUGCUUACAUCAAAUUGUCUAACAAUGAUAGAUCAACCUGCAUUUCUGGGAUUUACUAGAGCAUAUACAUACCAUGAAAUCCCAGAAAGGACCUGUUUUGACAGGUGGGUUUUUUUUUUUUUUAAGUUUUGCACUUAACAACUUGCUCUACUGAUAGGCUAAUACUCUAUUUCAAGAGCCAGAGUCAAAAAACCAGAAAUAAGGACAACUAAUUGGCAAUAAAUUGCUAAAACAUAAAAACUACUCUAAAGCAAUGCUAAUGAUCUAAAAAAUAUAGGUGACUGCCCCUGUUUGAGGAACUCUGUCUUCAGAACAACUUUUAAAUAUUUGGCUUUCUUUAAUGUAUAUAUGUUUGGUUUGAUGUUAAACCAUGACUCUUAAACACCAGUGAAAUAUAUGCCAUUGCAAUCAGUUUUCUAGAAUAUGCCUAAUGAUAAUGUCCUAUAUUUUCUCAAUACCAGGGAAAAGCAAUGUAGUUAAUGAACAAAUAUUAAAGG